CUGAUACGUCACGCAGUUUGUAGCCGUGUUUAGUUUGGUUUACGGAUGCUGAGGAGUCUUGUUGGUCUUCAGGCUGUAAAUUCACCCACAGUUUAAGUCGGUUGUGUCGCUCGAUUUGACAGCAAGCUGUAAACAUUGUUUCGGACAGAGAUGGCCCAGUGUUCCGAGUCUGCUAACGCCAGCUCCGCGGUGAACGGAGGACCGGUGAAAAGGAGGAACGUGGCUGUCAUCACCGGCAUCACCGGACAGGAUGGUUCCUACCUGGCUGAGUUCCUGCUCUCCAAAGGCUAUGAGGUUCAUGGCAUUUUGCGGCGUUCCAGCUCCUUCAACACAGGCCGCAUUGAGCAUCUUUACCAAAACCCGCAGACACAUACUGAAGGCAAAAGAGCUCCAUCUAACAUGAAGCUGCAUUAUGGUGACCUGACAGACAGCACAUGCCUGGUGAAGAUCAUCAAUGAAGUGAAGCCUACUGAGAUCUACAACCUGGGCGCUCAGAGCCAUGUCAAGAUUUCCUUUGAACUUGCAGAGUACACCGCUAAUGUGGACGGAGUAGGCACGCUUCGUCUUCUGGAUGCCAUCAAGACAUGUGGUCUGACCAACAGCGUAAAAUUCUACCAGGCCUCCACAAGUGAGCUGUAUGGCAAAGUCCAGGAGAUCCCUCAGAAGGAAACCACUCCCUUCUACCCUCGUUCUCCUUACGGAGCUGCUAAGCUCUAUGCCUACUGGAUUGUGGUGAACUUCCGUGAGGCCUACAACAUGUUUGCUGUCAAUGGGAUCCUUUUUAACCACGAGAGCCCGAGGAGAGGUUCAAACUUCGUGACGCGUAAGAUCAGCCGUUCUGUGGCGAAGAUUCACCUGGGCCAGCUGGAGAGCUUCAGCCUCGGCAACCUGGACUCCAAAAGGGACUGGGGCCAUGCCAAAGACUAUGUGGAGGCUAUGUGGCUGAUGCUGCAACAGGAGGAGCCAGAGGAUUUAGUCAUAGCUACAGGGGAGGUGCACAGUGUGAGGGAGUUUGUGGAGAAAGCCUUCAAACAUGUUGGAAAGACCAUAGUGUGGGAGGGAAAGGAUGAAAAGGAGAUUGGUCGUUGCCAGGAGACCGGGGUGGUGCAUGUGAGGGUGGACCCGAAAUUCUUCCGUCCUACUGAAGUGGACUAUCUGCAAGGUGACAGCAGCAGGGCCAAUCAGAAGUUGGGUUGGAAGCCAAAGGUGACUUUUGAGGAGCUGGUGAAGGAGAUGGUGGAUGCAGACAUCGAACUAAUGAGACAAAAUCCAAAUGCCUGAGGCCAAAUAUGUCAGUUCCUCCAGAUAUGAUGGAGAUAUUACAGCAGUCCAGAGUUCUGUCAGACCAACAGUGGCGGGGCUUUUUUUUUCCCCCUUCAUUGCUACCUUUUUGAAUUUUCCAUAUGAAGUGAUUGUGUCCUUUUUUAUCUUUGUUACGGGUGUUUGAGGGAACCAAUCGUUGCCUUUGAAUCUUGUGUCUGUUUCUCAUAUUAUAUUAUUUGUUUUGGUUUUUCACCCAAUAUAAAUGCCUUUUUUCAUGUCAUAAUUUAUAGAUGGCAGGUUCGACGGGUUUAUUUAUGUGUAUCUUUUGAAUGUGGGGAAAUUGAUUAAUUUGUCAAAGUUUUACUUUUGCUCCUUUAGAAGAUGACCAAAUGGAAUAUAAAAAAAUGAAGAACUGAUUAUUAUAAUUCUGUUUUGUUAUUAUGUAAUAAUGAUCUAUUUGCUAUCAUGAAUUCUGACAUUUUUACAUGUUUGUUUUCUACUGCAACAUUAAAAGAUUGUUAAGGGCUACACGGAUAAUAAAAAUAUAGUUGCUGGUU